GAUCUAAAGCCUCUCUCUCAGUCUCAGAUCAAAACUCUGUUCUGCUGUUCCCAUGCCAUCAUUUAGCUUUUCAAGCAUAUUUCAGCUUUAGAAUCUCCAAAGCUCUUUGUUUUUUCAGAAGACUUUCAUUUCCAUGUUGUUUCCACUGGUGUUUGCUCUCCUAUGUUCCUUGUCAUCAAACUUUUUCUUCUUUGCUUCUCUGUUUGGGUCAUUCGACUAUAUCUCAUAAGCCAGGUGGAGAGAAUUUCUAGGCCAAGCUUCUUUAGAUUGAACUCGAGUGUUCCUUUGCUUAUUUUCUGCCUGUGUUGAGAAAGUUUCUUCCAACUUCAAAUCAAAGAUAGCCCUCUACUUUCAACCUCUCUUGGGAUAUGGACUCUGAAAACAAUAGUAACCAUCUUCGUGUUGCCUCAUUUUCUUCUUACCUCCGCACAGCAGAAGAAAACACUGCGCACAAGCAUGCUGAGUUGAUUCAGGGAUCUUCUAUUACCUUCAAACCAACCCAGGAGAGUCGUCGUGCAAUAAGUUUGGGAAGGAGUAAGUCUGAAGUGGGCGAAAUCAAUGUUUUUGGUGCAGAAAAGUAUUUCAAUGAGAUUAUGGACGAUGAUUAUUUAAGAACUGCUGAGAAAAGGGCAUGGAGGCAUGGACAUAAGAGUGCAGAAGGGGCUGAUAUGCAUGACACAAAACCAAAAGUCAUGUUGGGAACUCCGAGUGUGAGUUCUGAAAGUUUGAAUAGCCAAACCACAUUACUUCCGAGUCUUGCGAGAAAUUCAUCCCGAAGUAAGCAGAGGAAAGCCAAUGACAAGCGAUUUUUUGGUGGUUUUGGCUGCAAAGGCUCUUGUGCUGAUAAGAAAUCUGUAUGUGUUGAUGAAAAUAUAGAUCACGGGAGCAUUAAUGGGAAAGAACAUAGAAAAGAUGCCAUUGAAAUCUGUCCAAAUCCAGUCAUGUUGGAUGGAAAAGGGCAGUCCCAACCGGGAUUUCAGAUCAAAGAUGAAUUUCAGUUCCCAAGUUUCAGAAAGACUACCAUAGGAUUAAGUAGAGAAGACUGCUUUGCAUUCCCAACACUCAGCUCUGUGCCUGAAAAUAUGACAGUUGCAAAACAAUUGGAAGAGAAGAAAGCAGAUGAAGAGUCACGGAAAUCUUUGGAGGUGUUUGGUUCCCAUUUGAUGAAGAAGGGAGACAUUGCAACAAACCUAGAGAGGAAACUGUCUAUGCUGACAUGGGAUGCUAUUCCUAAAGUCCAGUGCCUUUCAACAACUUCCAGAAGUGCAGGAACUUACGAAGAUAAUGAGAGUGAUGCUAGUUCGGAUCUGUUUGAGAUAGAGAACCUAAAUGGCAAUGGACACCCCUACUUGAUGAGGCAAGACAGCGUUUCCAGCUGCAUGACCCCGACUGGGUAUGAGCCAAGCGAGGGCAGCAUCAAGUGGAGUGUUGUCACAGCCAGUGCCGCUGAUUACUCUGCUGUUUCAGACUAUGAUGAUAAUAAGCCAUUCGAACACUGUACAAAACCUCAGGAAAUGUCUUUACCAGUCUCAUUUGGUAGACCUACCAAAACCAAGUUCAUGAUGGGCAAGGAAGUGCAACAAAACUAUCCAACAGGACUUUUGGGAUGCAUGAGUCACAAAGCUGUGAGAGUUGCUGAAACUGCACAUAGAGCUAACGAAAAGGCAAAGUUCAACACUCAACAUCCAAUUUUGGAUUCCUCCUUGCCAAUUGGAAGGUUACAAUCAGAGAACAUGGUGAAAAAUGUUGAGUUCCCAUGGCCACAACAUGCCUUUGCCUCAAGAGAGCUCUCCUCAUCAUGCCCUGCACGUGCAGCUGUGUCUCCAUACAUGCAGUAAUGGAAGGAGAUUUUAGAGAACAGUGUUGAAAAUUAUCCGUUGAGUGUGAUUUUAGAGUUAAUUAUGUAAUUGUAUUGAAUAAUAAUAAAAGUUUUCAGAACUUCAAA